AUGAUACUUAUAUUCAAUAGAGAAUCAGGAGACCAACGAUUAAUAAAAGAAGAUCAUAACAUAGUUUCCUUCUCUUUAUCAAAGGACAACAAGUUCUUACUGGUGAGUCUGGUGAAUAAAGAAAUACAUCUAUGGAGUAUUGAAGGAAGUAUACGGAUUUUGGGCAAGUAUAAAGGUCAUAAAUGUUCAAGAUUUGUGGUUAGGGCUUGUUUUGGUGGACUUGGGGAAGGAUUUGUGGCUAGUGGGAGUGAAGAUUCUCGGGUGUUUAUAUGGUAUAGAGAUUCGGGUGAUGUCAUAGAGAGGCUUGAAGGUCAUUCUGGAGCUGUGAAUUGUACUAGUUGGAACCCGGUGAACCCACAUAUGUUGGCAUCGGCUAGUGAUGAUCGAACCAUACGUAUAUGGGGUCUCAACCAUGUAGAUGUGAACGUGUUAAAUGCACAGCCACAUGCAUUGAUAGAAGUCAACGAAUCAUACGUAUCGGAUUGA